AUGAGAUACGACGGUCAAGAAUUACUCCAAUCUGACGAAUUCAGUAGGCCGGCGAAGGGAAUGGCCUAUCAUCCAUUCCUGCAGCUACCGAGACCCACUGACUUCAGCGUGUCGUCGCUGUUGACUGCGGGCUCUCCGCCCCAAGGACAGAACUCGCCUAGUGCUGGUGCCAGUGCUGCAGCAGCUGCCGCAAGUGCCGCAGCCAACGCGCAGUAUUUUCCAGCCGCAGCGCUGGCGGCCCUUUCGGGUGCUCCGGGAGCGCCGCCGCCGCAUCUCUAUCCGGGAGCACUGUUACCAAAGUUACCUCCCCACCAUCCGCACGCACAUCACCCGCUAGGAGCUGCUUACACGACGGCCGAGGACGUCGUAAUGGCCGCUGUUGCUGCACAUCAGCACCAUCCAGCUAUGAGACCGUUGCGUGCUCUGCAGCCGGAAGACGACGGCGUCGUCGAUGAUCCCAAGGUUACCUUGGAAGGCAAGGAGCUGUGGGAGAAGUUUCACAAACUAGGAACGGAAAUGGUCAUCACCAAAAGUGGCAGACAAAUGUUUCCGCAGAUGAAAUUUCGCGUGUCGGGACUAGAUGCAAAAGCCAAGUACAUUCUGUUACUGGAUAUCGUGGCAGCGGACGACUACCGGUACAAGUUUCACAACAGUCGAUGGAUGAUCGCCGGCAAGGCGGAUCCGGAGAUGCCGAAACGGAUGUACAUUCAUCCGGAUUCGCCAUCGACGGGUGAACAGUGGAUGCAGAAAGUGGUGUCAUUUCACAAGCUGAAAUUGACAAACAACAUUAGUGAUAAGCAUGGAUUUGUCGGCGAUGCCUCCGUCGUCUGGACGAUCCUCAACUCAAUGCACAAGUACCAGCCUAGAUUUCACUUAGUCCGAGCGAACGAUAUCCUGAAGCUACCGUACUCGACGUUUCGUACCUACGUGUUUAAGGAGACAGAAUUCAUAGCCGUAACUGCAUAUCAAAAUGAAAAAAUUACGCAAUUGAAAAUAGAUAAUAAUCCCUUUGCAAAAGGGUUUCGUGAUACCGGUGCUGGCAAGCGGGAAAAGAACGAGGCACAAUUUUCAACUGCUGCAACAAUUCGAAGUGGCUCUUUUCCUCUUUCCAGUUGUUCUGCCUUCCGGCAGUCGCUCAUGGGCCAGCGGAGUUCCGACGGUGACAAACUAAGUCCAAGUUCCGUCAGUUCCUCCCGAGGUCCAGCUGGUUUGGACCACCGAACGAAUAGCAUAUCAACAAUGGACGACGACGACAAACUGCUGGAUGUUGUUGGACCGCCACAAAGCCCGCUCCUCUCACUCAGCCAGCAGAUGCAACAUCAUGCAGGAUGGUUCAACUUUGAAGAUGUGCAACGGGCAGAGGAAGCCAUGCGAAGGCGACUCCAGUCCGACGAGAACGAGCGCGACGGAAGUGAUUCCAACUGUUCGGAUAGCGUUUCAGGAAGCACAGGUGCCUUUCGUCCGACCUCGGGCAGUCCCAAGGAAUCAUCGAGUAGCGCCGGUACAUCAUAUCCCUCGCCGAACAUCUCGGUAGGACCACCCAUCCAUCCACCUCCACAUUUGUUACCGUAUCUUUACCCGCCGGGAUUGUACCCUCCGCAUCAUCUCUCGCUGCUUCACAAUCAAGCCGCAGCGGCAGCGAUGAACCCUAGCUUGCUGUUCAAUGCUCAACUUGCCCUAGCAGCACAACACCCAGCCUUUUUCGGUCACUACUCGGGCCACUCACCAUCCUCGCCACUGCACGGUUUGAAAGUACAUCGAUUUUCGCCAUACAGUUUGCCCGGUUCCGGCAUGGGUUCGGCAUUCGACGCCGUCACGCCUGGAUCAAACUCCGGAGGCCCACGAAGUCUGAGCAGUAGUCCUCAUCCACGAGCUGCUUCAAAUUCACCACCCACGAGGCCAAUUUCCGUGUCACCUACUCCCACCCAGAACCCAAUGUCUCCUGCAUCGGCGGAGACUGGUGCUACCGGAACAACCGCUGCCACAAUCCCACCACCUGCCCAGCCAGCAUCGAGGGUCACCACUAUGCCUUCCAACUCGCCGUCAGAGUUGAAGAGUAUAGAAAAGAUGGUUAACGGCCUGGAGGUUCAGCACAACAUCAACGGCAACGUGGAAAACAGCAAACUGCAACAACUCGCCAGCAUUGACCAGUGACGACUCCUGGAUGGUCCGGCGAGUGACAUUGGCAGCAAUAGCAGCUUGAAGCUCGACCAGGACAUGUGACAGUUGGCAAUAAGUUCCAGCAAGAUUUUCAGCGCAAUAUGAAUCUCUUGUGCAGCGAUCCUGACCGCAUUGGCAGGACCGUGAUCGUUCGCUUUCGGGAGGGUUUCGGGAAGGGCAAUGUUAGCAGAACCUGUUAUCUAGAUGAAUUACUGUGCAAAUAUUUAUGCUUAAACUUUAAGGACGCCAAUCCGAAAACCAGAAGUCAGUGCGCGCGAUCAAUGGCAGGGGACAGUCAAUGGAAACCUCUGCCUUCUUUUCUGUGUAAAGUUAGUUAAAUGAAUCCUUAGAAGGAGUACAUAUUUCGCAUUAUUUUAACAAGGCAGAUCAAUUUUAAAAACUCGCUGAGCAGCACACUGAUCGUACCAAGCAGCAGCAACAAUAUUUGUAAAUAGACCGUACUGAAUAAGACACAAAGAGAGAGAGAGAGAGAAAGAGAGAAAGGAAACUAGUUGAGAGGUUUAAUUUCAUUUGCGUUUCCAAACCGAUGGAGAAAUGGAUGGAAGCAAAACUUACCAAAGAGUCGAUUAACCUAUAUUGUAAAUUUAUUCGUUGUACAGUGGGAGCAAGGAAAUUACUGCGUUUGGUGGCAGUGAUCCUGGGAAUUCACGCAACUGGCAGCAGGAAAGGUUCAUUUGUUUCGAUUUCAGGUUUGGCAUAAUGAUAAUCAUACACUUCGAAAAUAUUUCAACGGAAAAAUCACAACAUGAUACUUGCCACAAUCCUUGAAAUAGUUCCUGGAGGUAAGAAAUGACGAGCGGUUGUAGAUUACUUUCAAAAAUAAAUUAGGGGCUGUUUAUAAGCCACGUAGACUUUUUGAGGAGGAAAGUGUCUACGGUCCAUACAAAUUUACAAAAAAAAAUCUAUGGUCGA